AUGCUGCGUUCCUCACUACUGCUGGCGAGUCUCCUGACUUUCGCGAAACCAUGUCCCGCCCUCGACAAACGACAACAAACUCCUCUUUCAACAUUCAUUCCUCAGGAGCAAGCUAUCGCUAUCCAAGGUGUCUUAGCCAAUAUUGGUGGCCUCAACUCCAGUCUGGUCCCAGGUGCCAGCCCCGGUGUUGUCGUUGCCUCUCCCUCGACAGUCAAUCCAAAUUACUUCUACACCUGGACUCGUGACUCGGCCUUGACCUACAGAAUGCUCAUUGAGGAGCUGAUCUUCGGCAACUUAACCCUCAGAAAAACCAUCGAGGAUUAUACCACCGCCCAGGCCAUUGUGCAGACGGUCACCAACCCCUCGGGCUCGCUGUGGCCAGCAGGCGACGGUCUGGGGGAGCCCAAAUUCUAUACCAAUCUGACGAGGUUCGAUGGAGAAUGGGGUAGGCCACAGCGGGAUGGUCCUGCCUUGAGAGCGAUUGCAUUCAUGGAACUCGCCCCGGUCCUGUUCAACCUGAACGAGACAGCCCUAUACAAACAGAUCUAUUGGCCGCUGGUCCUCAACGAUCUCAGAUAUGUCGGCCAGUAUUGGAACCAGACCGGCUAUGAUCUCUGGGAAGAAGUCCACGGCUCGUCUUUCUUCACUCUUGCCAAUCAGCAUCGUGCUCUUGUCCAAGGUGCUCUCCUGGCAAAACAGCUAAACACAACCUGUCAACCCUGUGCGCAAGCCUCUCAAGUCCUCUGCUUCUUGCAAAACAAUUUCUGGAAUGCCACCGGAGGCUACCUGACGGCUGAUGUGAAUGUCAACAACGUUGUCCGGAGCGGCAUCAACUCGGACCCCAUCUUGGCAAGCAUUUCGGUCUUUGAUGCGAACGCUACAUGCAAUGCGGGCGACUUCCAGCCAUGCAACUCGAAAAUGCUCGCCACACACAAAGUCCUGGUCGACAGCUUCCGCAAUCUCUACCCGAUCAACAACAACGCGCAGCCUCCCAACGCUGUCCUCAUCGGCAGGUACCCGGAAGACACCUACUACGGCGGGAAUCCUUGGCCGCUCUGCACACUGGCCGCCGCAGAACUGCUCUACGACGCCGUCCAUCAGAUCAGAACCGCCGGACAACUCACGGUCGACAACAUCAGUCUUCCCUUUUUCACCGAUCUCUACCCCACCGUCAGCGUCGGCACAUAUACGGGAGACGUGCUCAACCAAAUCUUGACCAACAUGACGACGUACGCCGAUGGCUUCGUCUCUGCCGUGCAGCCACACCUCCCUUCUAACGGCAGCAUCUCCGAACAAUUCGACCGCACCACCGGCUUCUCCACCUCGGCAUCCAAGUUGACCUGGUCAUUCGCAUCCUUCGUGACCAUGUCGCGUCGUCGGGCGGGCCAAUUCCCCAUGAGCUGGGGCGCCUCGUCUCCAUCAGCGAACACGAACCUCACAAGCAGCCAAUGUCGCGGAACGAGCUUCAACGCCACGGGGAACUAUACCCCCGCCCUCGCAGCGGGAGCUCCGAACGUCACAAUGGACUGCGAAUCGGAGGUUAUCUUCAGCGUCAACGCCACGACGGCCUUUGGAGAGAACAUCUUCAUUUUGGGCAACGUCACAAAACUGGGCGGUGGCUUGAAUAACGCCGACGACAUCAUCCUACCCCUGAACCCGGGCAACUACACGUCCACAACGCCACAGUGGUACGUCGACCUGUGGUUGAAGGCCGGCCAGGUUGUGGGGUACCAGUACGUGCUGCAGAACGGCGCGCAGUGGGUCUUUGAAGAGCACCCUGUGCGGACGCUACAUGUGGGAGCGUGUGGGAGUGGACAAGUCGCCCGGGCUGACGAUGUGGCUACUUUUCCUUCUUCUUAG